AUGUGUAACCAAAAGCCAUCAUCAUCAUCAUCUCCCUCUUCAUUUGUUUCUGAUCCUAACAAAACCCAUUUCUUAAAUCCUAACAAAACCAUAGAUCCCAUCACAGAUGGAGAAGAAGUAGAAGAAGAAGAAGAAAACCUCCAUAGAUGGCCAACUACUUCUGAGGCAAUGGAAGAAAUCAAAGCUAUAGGAAAGAUAUCAGGUCCAACAGUUCUCACGGGUUUACUCUUAUACUCCAGAGCUGUAAUAUCCAUGCUUUUCUUAGGUUACCUCGGAGAACUAGAACUAGCAGGUGGAUCACUCUCCAUCGGUUUCGCAAACAUCACCGGCUACUCCGUCAUUUCCGGUUUAGCCAUGGGAAUGGAACCCAUUUGUGGUCAAGCAUAUGGUGCUAAACAAUGGAAACUUCUUGGUUUAACACUUCAAAGAACAGUUCUUCUCCUCUUAACAACUUCAAUUCCUAUAUCAUUCAUGUGGCUUAACAUUAAAAGAAUCCUCUUAUGGUGUGGCCAAGAUGAAACCAUCUCAUCUGUGGCCCACCUUUUCAUCAUCUUCUCUAUACCUGACCUUUUCUUUCUCUCUCUCCUCCACCCUCUUCGAAUCUAUCUUAGAACUCAAAACAUCACUUUACCUCUCACUUACUGCUCAGCAAUCUCUGUUCUUCUCCAUAUUCCUUUAAAUUUCUUACUUGUGGUUCAUCUCAAGAUGGGUGUAGCAGGUGUAGCUAUAGCCAUGGUUUGGACUAAUCUAAAUCUGUUUCUCUUCUUAUCUGCUUUUGUUUACUUCUCCGGCGUGCACAGGAACUCAUGGGUGGGACCCAGUAUCGAUUGUUUAAGAGGUUGGUCGACGUUGUUAAGCCUAGCCGUACCCACAUGUGUUUCGGUGUGUUUGGAGUGGUGGUGGUAUGAGCUUAUGAUAAUGUUAUGUGGAUUGCUUGUUAAUCCUAAAGCUACCAUUGCUUCAAUGGGGAUUCUAAUUCAGACAACCUCAUUGGUUUACGUCUUCCCUUCAGCUCUCAGUUUAGGGGUGUCGACAAGGAUAGGUAAUGAGCUCGGCGCAAACCGGCCGGCGAAAGCCCGUAUCGCUAUGAUCGUGUCGUUAGUUUGCGCGGUUGGGGUGGGCCUUGCUGCUAUGUUAUUCACAACGUUGAUGAGGUACAGAUGGGGAAAGUUUUUUACUAAUGACGCUGAGAUUAUUGAGUUGACAGCAAUGGCGUUGCCUAUAGCAGGGUUGUGUGAGUUGGGGAAUUGCCCACAAACUACUGGGUGUGGGGUGUUAAGAGGAAGUGCAAGACCCACCAUAGGAGCUAAUAUUAAUUUGGGUUCUUUCUAUUUAGUUGGUAUGCCUGUGGCUAUUUUAAUGGGUUUUGGAGCUAAAAUGGGAUUUCCUGGGCUUUGGAUUGGGUUGCUUGCGGCUCAAGCUACAUGUGCUUUACUUAUGGUGUAUGUGUUAGUUACCACAGAUUGGGUGGUUCAAGUGGAGAGAGCAAGGCAACUCACUUCUUCUUCUUCUACUUCUUCUUCUAAUUCUAACUCUUUGUGUACUUCAGUUUCAUCAUCAAACAAGGAAGUAUUUAACAAGAAAGUUGUUAAUUUGGAGGAGAUUUUGUGCAUUAGUGAUGAGUUAAUAUUGAAGUCAGCUUCAGUGGAGAGUAUGGAGACAGGGACAGAUCAGAAAGACAGAGACACAGACACAGACACAGAGACAGAGACAGAGACAGACCCUCUUAUUUCUCCAACUAAAGUCAUUGUGAAUUAGUAAAUAAGAAAAGUGUAGUUGUUUAAUUUUUCGUUUACUUUUGGGAUUGGGUUUUAUUAGAGGAAUGAUUUGGGGAAAGAAUUGAUUGGAAU